GAAACCCGACUUAAACACUUCCGGAUUCUCCCAGUGAGUGAGUGAAUCGUGUGAUGUCAACGAGCUUGAUCCCCUCCCCGCCCCCCCUCAACAGCGGCUCCGCUAGGGAGAUUUCCUGGACUUUUUGCUCCUGGCAGGAUCUCUGCAAUGAAAAGGAUCCUCCGGUCGUAUGUCUCCUGCCUCACAGGGUUGUUGUGAGGAUAAUGGAGGGGAAACCGUGUCUACCGCCCGGUUACACAGAAUUCCUGCUCCUGGCCACAAAUAAGACCCUAGGACUUAUAUUUCUGCCAUUUUGAAACCUAGUGGGCGGGGGAUAUAGAAUUGAUAUUUCAAGGCGCUAAAAGGAAGAUUUCUAAUUAUUUUAAUUCCACUUUUCAAGUCGAUGUACACUGCACCGUCCCAUAUUUUGUAAGCAUCCUUCGGGAGCAGCGCGGCCUUAUGUGGUUGCCAUGGAGCGUGCGGCAGUGUUGCGCGUGAAGCGGAAACGCGGCGGGUCGGCGCCGGCCGAAGCCCUGGUGUUGGCCUGCAAGCGGCUCCGUACCGAGUCGGAGGUUGCCGACGCCACCGCUAGCGGCGAUGGAGUGGAGAAAAAUCUCUUCAAACUGGUGGCCACUGUGGUUUCUCAGGAUGAACCUGUUCAGAAGUACAUCCAAGAAGCUAUUACCAAAGACAAAGCAGCUCAGCGCCUGCGUCCAUCGUUGGGAAGUACCCAGAGAGUAACACAAGAUCUUCGCUCUUCCAAGCAAGCUAGAAGGCAGGAGAGCCGCUACCACCUGAUAGCUAGCCACCGUCCAAAUUUCACUGAUGUUAAAAGCAUUCUUCCUGCAGAUGGGGCGGAAUCAAAUGAAAGCAAGCAGCUGGCCUUUGAAGCAAAAAAGGACCCUUCCCAGGAAGAAAGCCAUGGUCCUUCAGGAUGUUGUGAUGAAUUUCAGUUGUUUGAUAUCAUACAAGAGGAAAAUGUGGAGAAAGAUCCUGGUAUGCCACAGAAAACUGAUGAUCCAGAUGUGAUUCUCUGCAAUGCUGUAGAAAUGAUCCGUGAACGUCUAACGGUAACUGACAGUGCUAAAGAAGCAGAGUGUGGCAUGAAGGAAGACGACUAUGUUUAUGAUAUCUAUUAUAUGGAAACAGUAUCCCCAGGCUGGAUUGAGAACAUACUCUCCGUACAGUCCUACACGCAGGAUUAUGAACUGGUGGAUGAAGAGUGCCUCCCAGAAGAAGUGUACGAUGACGAAGAUGAUGAGAAUAAUGAGAACAACUGGCGUAAUGACUACCCGGAUGGGGAUGAAUUCUUUGAGGAAGAUGACAGUGAUAGGGAAGCAAGCGGAAGCAGCGACGAAGAUAGUGGAUAUAUCAGAAGAACACAGGAGAAAUAUCAGGCUGAUGUCCUGUGGGAGUCUGACUAUAAUGGGUUCCAAGGGCUGGAUUCUGAAUAGCACAGAGAACUUCAGUGCCAAGGUGACUGUUUUACAGUGGCCUUUAAAGUUUGUAGCACCACAACUAUGUCACUUACUAUGGUGCAUGCUGUGUGGUUGCUUCAUUGCUCAUGGGAGAAUAUGGAAUAAUUAAAGGGAUUCUGGAAAUAUCAGAGUUCCUGUUAUUGCAACUCCUUUCUGCAUACAACAGUAGACGUGAAGGAAUCCCUGGACUUGUCAGGUGUCAGAUUUUACUGCACUGGGAUGUUUGAGUAGAUAGAAGGGUACCAAGAAAAGACGCCUUCCAUGGCCAUUACUGCGUUUUUAUGGCUCUUCUACUGUGGACUGAAAUACAGCUGCUAAUACUUGGUUAUUGAAUGCAUAAAUUAAUAUAGCAAUGUAAAUAAAUAUAUCAGUGUCAC